CUUCCUUUUUGGUUUGCUAAACCGCAAAGCAAAGCCUUCUUUUCGCAAUGCCAGCAUCAAUCCCAUCCACCGCCUCCCCAGCCGGUCGUCCAAAGAAGAUCGAGCGACCCAUCUGGCACGGCACCGUGCUUUCUCAACAUCCCUCAUCGCCCUAUAUUAGCAAAACGCGGGAUGAACGACCCAUAGUCCUGCCUCCGCACACUUCCGAAAGUGCUUUCGAGACGGCGCUUCGCGAGCUAAGAGAGCUGCUGGGCGAGGAGUGGGUCAAGUGCAACGACGUCGCGCUUGUGGAUGGAGACUACCACGCCGUCCCUCUGUCGCACGACGCGUACCAUAUCCUCGAGCAGGAUGACCUUGUUCCGUCGGCCGUGUGCUGGCCCAAGGACACGGAGCAGGUCGCGACUGUUGUUAAGUGGGCUAAUAGGCAUAAGAUCCCUAUCUGGCCCAUUUCUAUUGGCCGAAAUCUUGGAUACGGAGGCUCCGCUCCUCGCGUCCGUGGAUCCGUCGUCGUCGACCUCGGCCGGCGUAUGAAUCGCGUCUUGGACGUCUCGGAGCAGAACGCGGCGUGUCUCGUCGAACCUGGUGUGCAGUACAUUACUUUGUAUGAGCACCUGCAAGAGAUCGGACUGGGCAACAAGCUCUGGAUUGACGUCCCUGACCUGCCUGGAGGCUCAGUUAUGGGUAACGCGCUUGACAGGGGCGUCGGGUAUACGCCGCACGGCGACCACUGGUCGCAGCACUGCGGGCUUGAAGUCGUCCUGCCAGACGGCGAUAUCGUUCGGACGGGGAUGGGUGCACUGCCGGGGACUGAUUGCUGGCAGCUGUUUCCGUACGGGUUUGGUCCGUACCAUGAUGGUAUCUUUUCGCAAAGCAAUUAUGGCAUUGUGACUAAGAUGGGCGUUUGGCUGAUGCCGAACCCCGGCGGCAUCCGGCCGUUUAUGGCUACGUUCCCCAGGGAGGAAGACCUCGCCGCCGCUGUUGAUGCGCUGAGACCGCUCAUGGUCCAGAAGAUUGUCGGGAAUGUUCCUUGUCUUCGGCUUGGCGUGCAGGAUGCGACGAUGUACCACAAGAAGACCGAGUUUCCCCUACGCGAGAAUGGGCUAAUAGAUCGGAAGAAGGCGCAGACGAUGAUCGACAAGCUCGGCACUGGAGCCUGGGUCUUUUAUGGCGCUCUGUACGGGCCUGAUGAGAUCACUGCACCGAAGUUCGACUAUAUCAAGAAAGCCCUAUCCGUCGUCAGCGGCGCAAAAUUCUACGAGCGGAAAGACGUACCAUCCAAUCAUUAUCUGAACGACUACGCCAAGUUCACAGCUGGGAUCCCCACCUGGCGUGAACUAGACCGCAUGCAAUUCAUCCCGAAUGCCAGCCAUCUCUUCUUCGCGCCCAUUUCUGCCAUCGAUGGAAAGGAUGCAUUGCGGCAGAGCCAUAUGUGCCGAAACAGGAUGGAAGAGUACGGCUUCGACUAUCUCGGAACAUUCUUCAUCGGGCAUCGGGCGAUGCACCACGUCAUCUCCUUCAUGUACGACAAAACAGAUCCCGAGAUGAAGAAGCGAGCUUUGUCUUGUAUCCGCGCAUUAAUUGAAGAUGCUGCUAAGAUAGGUGUUGGAGAGUAUAGGACGCAUUUGGCGUUGCAGGACCAGGUAGCUGGAACGUAUAAUUGGGGAGAUGGUGCCACUAUGAGAUUGAAUGAGAAGUUGAAAGAUGCGCUAGAUCCGAAUGGGAUAUUGCAGCCUGGGAGGUCCGGUAUAUGGCCGAAGAGGUAUAGAGGGCAGGGAUGGGAGCUGAAAGGUGGCGAGGAGAGAUCGGACAUCUUGUUUAAGCGUAGUGCCGGCAGACUCUAGAAUUGAUGCUUUUGAAACGGCGAAUUAGGCUACCCAAAAGGAGGCGUGAGGCCAAACAUCUUUGAGGCUCGGCUAAGCCUCAGGAGUCGAAGUAGGAGCAAGAUAGUAGCAACGUGCGCAGUCGUCAGACUCUGCUGUGGAGAGGGACGGGCGGAAAAAGACCAUG